ACAUUUAAAAAGUAUUUCAAUGUUUUUUAAUUAUGUUAAUAUGUGUCAAAUUUGACCUGAGCUUCACAUGGGUGCAGUUUCAGAACCAGUUUAAAAACUGCAUGACUUUUGAAAAAGACUCAUUGACUCAUUCUCAUUGUUCACAUCCCCACAUAUUUCUGAGAGUUUGCAUUACACUAUAUACUGCCCACGUCUGUUGCAAUUUCCUAAAUUGUCCUUGAGGAACUCCCCUUUUUAUUUACAAAGUUAUAAACAAUUCAUAUUUUAAAAUUAGUAUAUUCUUCUUACCGAAUGUCCACAUAUGAGCUUCAUUGAUGUGGAUGACAUUUUCACAUAGGCCUAGUAAAUAAGGUUAGCAUUAGCCUAUGUUUUGUUUAGUUUUGCCAUUUUUUAAACGCUAAAUUUUUUAAAAGUAAAAAAAGAAAAAGAAAAAAAGAGCUCUGUGCUUUAUCUGCAAGCUGAACCACUCAGAGACUGGCACAGGGAAUAAUACAAUGAUCUGAAUGAGACCAUGGGCAUGUGCGAGCCUCAGUUGGUAUUGCUAAACUGUCUAAACAAACGCUUUUGGCGUACAAUAACUGGCAUUUUGUGGGUAUGAUGAAAAUGCCAAGUUGUAGGGGGAGGGGUGAGAAAGAUACAGAAAAAAACGACGUCAUCAUGAGACACUGCAACAUUGUAGCAAAGAAUAAUAGACGCGCUGCGUGUCAAGUGUCAAAGAACUGUGCGUGAAAAGCACACAUGACAUGGACUCCCUCUCGCGGGACAAGCCUCAUGACCAUGCAGUGGUUAAUGACAGCUGAGGUUGUGUAAACAACUUUAAAACAUGGAAUGAAAGUGAAACUCUAUAGCAAUGAGUUCUACGCUGAUCGCUGAGGCAUUUAGGUCUCAUGGAAAACAGUGGUGUUUAUGUAAAGUUUUCUAAAGAGACAUGCCAACUGAAUUCUCCAUCAGACAAACUGAAGCAAGAGUUGGAACAAGAGUUGAAAUUAAGCAGCUGUAACUUAUCAAGUCAUGGCUGGUACCAUGGUUGCAUACCUUGGGAGGUUUCUGAGUCUCUUGUGCAACUGGAUGGGGAUUUUCUAGUCCGUGACUCCCUCACUAGCAUUGGAGACUAUGUCUUAACCUGCUGCUGGAACCAGAAAGCUUUUCAUUUCCUCAUCCACAAGGUUCUGCUCAGAUCUUAUGAGACAUAUACCCGCACACAGUACUUUCUGGAGGAGGAAGCGUUUGAUUCCCUGCCAGCACUGGUUCAUUCCUAUGUUGGAAAUAAAAGGCCUCUGACAAAGCAGAGUGGUGCCUACAUUUACUCACCAGUUAAAAGGACACUUCCACUAAGAUACCUAGAAACCAUGUUUGGACUUCCAAGUGUAGAAAACAGCCCAGUAAACUCACCAACCAGACAGAACGGAAGCCAAAAGAAGAGGGAAAGCAUUACUGUGACAGAGGCUUUGGAAAUUGAGCUGAUAAGACCACAGAGUGAUGUUGUGAGGAGUUUUGAAGGUACCAUAGAGCAGCGCGCUGUUGUGUCAACCUCCCCUAUAAUAUUGAGCACAUUAGCCAGGCGGCGACAAAGCCCCUCUGAAAACAGGAAGUUUGUGAUAGUUCCUUCAUCACCUGUUCUCCAAAAGUCCAGUGAAAUACGGCUUUGUUCUUCUCCCCCUGAAAACACUCUCAUAUAUUUGGAGCCAACAGUACAUCUUCUGUCCUCCAUUACACAUUCCCAUCAAAACAACAGAGAAGCAAACCAUGCCCAAAAUGACCCAGCAAUUUCUCAAGCUGACCCUGUGGCUACAAAUCAUCCCUUUGUAAGACAUGAAAUGCAGACUUUGGAUUGCAGAGAGGAGUAUGAUGAGGAUUAUUUAGUGCCUUUCACCAUGGACACAGUUUCCUGUUUCAAAGCUAGUGUGUACCAGUCACCACUGAUGCCCCCAGAAAAUAAACCUUUGGAGACCAGAACACUGAAAAAAGUGAAGGAUGUCCUGUUUGAAGCGGAUAUAAAGACAAUGGCAAUGCAUAUCACCAAAGUUGACUGCAUAGUUGCUCGAAUUCUGGAUACAUCUGAUGAUAUGAUGAAAGGGAUGGGGGUGAGUUCAGGAUUGGAGCUGCUUACCCUCCCACAUGGACAUCAUAUCCGUCAAGAUCUGCUUGAAAGGUUCCACACCAUGUCCAUAAUGCUGGCUGUUCAGCUGCUGGGCUGCACGGGCAGCGCUGAUGAAAGAGCCACCCUGCUGCAUAGAGCCAUCUGCCUGGCCUCUGAACUCAAGAGCAGUUUGGGCAAUUUGUUUGGCUUUGCCACAGUUAUGAAAUGCCUUGAAUUACCACAGAUUGCUCGUUUGGAUGAGACAUGGACAGUUUUACGUCAGAAGUACACAGAAAGUGCUGUUCUUUAUGAGAAAACCCUUAGACCCUCAAUGAGGAUGAUGAAUGAUGGAGAAGAGAUAUGUAGACCCACAGACACAACUUUUCCCCAUGUGCUCCCUCUGCUGUCUCUUCUUGAAAGAAAUGUUGUGGCUCUUGAGGAGUCAGAGUCAUGGGAAAGUGCAGACACUGGAGUGGCCAUGGUCUUGAGCCAUCUGGAUGCUGCACGUACGAUCGCGUGCAAUGGGAGGAUCUUCAGUGCAAAUGCAGAGGCCAAACUGCAGGGAUUUCAGGAGGAAGCAGAUGUUUGGGAGGUCUUCCUCACAGAGUUUCAGAUGCGUCUUCUGUGGGGAAGCCGUGGAGUGGAAAGAAAUAAAGAUGAACGUUAUUCAAAGUUUGAUGAAGUGCUAACAGCUCUGUCCAACAGACUUGAGCUUUCCGACUCAGCAAAAUGAUAGAAUGGAUGACUGCUAGUCACAUACUAUUUUCAUAAUAUCCACUAUGUUUUAUGAAUUUAUUUGGUUACAUUGAUUUUUUUUGUUGUUGUUGUUGUUCAUAGGUUUAUAAAGGGGAUGUAUGUCUGCCACUGUAUAUAAACUCAACAUAUCUUGCAAUUUUAACUUAUUUGAUUUUCAAUGUUAUUUUUGUUUUAUAUAAUGUGUUAUUAUUUACUUGGUGUACAUAAAAUUCAUACCUAAAGUUAUAUUUUCAAAAUGAAAUAACCUUAACUAUGCUAAUAUUGUUAACUUUGAACUCUGAAGUAUGUGUUUAAUUGCACUGUUAUUGGUUCUUAUAAUCAGUAAUGACCAGAUAAUGGGUAAUAUUUACUCGUUGGUACACUUUUUGAAGAUUUUAAGUUUAUAUAUUUAACUCUAGCUAUUUCAUACUUACACAUUUUAAAAAUAAAUCAGAGCUGAUAUGCCUA